AAUUACAAGAAAAUUUUACGAUGGCGAGUUGCGAGAGAAGGACCGCCAAUCGCGGAGAGGCGCUAUUGCCAAUGAACGAAGGAAGCAUCGUGGACUCCACUGCGGACUCCGCAGUGCUUUGAUUGGAAAAGACGAUCGAUAAAGUACGGACGGAGAUUCUUCCCACCUCGUAUCCUAGAACCGAAGCCAGCGUGAACUACCUCUUUCUUUUUCUUCUUCUUCUUCUUCUGUGUUUGCGCUCGAGGCUUGAUAAUUCCGGUGAGGGAGAACAGUAGCAGAGGCAGGUGAUCAGUGAUCGUUCUUCAUCAGCGUAAAGAUUGUUCUUGGUGUGACAACCACGAUCGUGAAUCUUCUGCAGCGGAAAGUGGUAUCUGAUUCCGUGAUGCAAAUUAGUUGAUUGUGCACAUAUACUCCAAAACCCAAAUGGAAGCAAAAACUACUGCAACUGGCCCUUCGCACGACAUCUUGUUCUGCAUCCUCUCCAGAUUACCUUUGAAAGCAGUUGUUCGAUGUUGUUGUGUGUCAAAGUUUUGGAAUCAUGUGAUAAAGAGUCCAGAAUUCAGGCACCUUCACUCUGCCCAAUUGCCUACUGAUCCAGAUUCUAAACUGCUAUUUCUGUCACGUCGAAUGCUGAGGGAGAAUGUUAUAAGCAUAAGUCCAAUGAAUCUUGCUAGCUAUCAACUCCACAUUAGCGAUAAUUCCAUCAGUAACUUGGUCAGCUCCCUUGAAUGGAAUUUAGUCGGGGCAUGCAAUGGAUUUCUUUGUUUUGCAUCAGCUGAUCAUGAUUGUGUUCUGAUAUGCAAUCCUAUCACAAAGGAGUUUGUCACACUACCGAAAUCUACUAGACACUCUCCUUUGCCACUUGUGACGGCCUAUGGUUUUGGAUUUGAUUCUGCAUCUGAGAAAUAUAAAGUUGUUCGCUUAUCUUAUUCAAAAGAACCCGGUGAGGAUGAUAAUGUUAACCAGAAGGUUUCAGCUGAGGUAUGCACUGUUGGUGUAACAGGGUCAUGGAGACCAGUGCCAGAUUUCCUGCAGCCUCCAUAUGGUUUGCCUGUAUAUGCUAGUGGUUUUUUACAUUGGGCAGUCCAUCCAUUUUUCUUUGGUCCUGCAAGAAUUGUAUCGUUCGAUUUGGGGAAAGAAGAGUCGGUAAUAACCCAUCAUCCAGAAUUUGGUUUAAAGUUUAGCAUAGUAGAGCUGGGUGGAUGUCUGUCUGUAGUGGAUCUCAGGAAGCCCACUCUCAUUGAGAUAUGGGUCCUCAAGGAUCGAAGUAGCAACAACUGGGAGCAGGAAUACAUCCUUCCUGUUGGUGCGCCUUUGGGUCUCGACAAGAGGCAUUCGAGGUUGAUAACCAUCUCUGAACUGGAUGGAGUAUUAUUGAUUUGGCUGCAAGAUGCGAUAUUCACAUAUGACCGAAGAACUUUAAGUAGGAAGAAGAUGCGGAUACAAGGUUUGCCAUCAUGGUUGGAUUGGGAAAUUCUCUGUGGCUAUAGGCCAAAUUUAGCUCCUUUAAGAGGUGACUGUGAAAGAUCGGGUAAAAGCACUGAUGUUGCUUAUUUUAAAAGUGAUUUGGAGAUUUGCUCCCAGCCAGCAAUUUCUUCCCAGAUUGUAGACAGAUCUAGUGGUAAGCGUGAUGGCAUAAUAUCAUGUUUUAUUAAAAACCAAAUGUUGGCAUAACACAAUUCUUGUAAAUGCAAAUAAAGUUGCUCUUCGUUGAAGUUUUUGUAUGCUAUGCAAAGUGUAUUUCAGAACUCAUCUUAAUAUUUGAAACUCUCUUUCUAUA